CUAUCUAGCCCACCAACGACAGCGCCAGCCGGCAACGGAAACUGAAGGGAUACAGAUAGCAUCAACAUUGACAGCGGUUUAGCGGCUAUCUAAAAUGGAAUGGUGUCAUCGAAUAUCCUUCCCAAAUGAUCCUUCACAAACGAACCCUCCCGUCCUAACCUGUACCACACCAAAGAACAAUCACCUAUACGCUAGCGAUACAAUGCCGGUGCAAUGCAUCACAACAAUUGUCUGUUAAAAGUUUCAAACACUCCCUUUUCUCGUUAAGUGUACUGGCGCAGUAUAAAUUUACCAUAUCUUACGCGGUGCUCUCGAUCCCCGAAAAAAACCGAGCCAUUUUGUGAGUAAAAUAGAAAGAGCUGCAUACACGCACACACAGAGGAGAAGCAGUCUUAGGAGAAGAGAGAUAUUUACACAGACCUAUUAUGGUAGGAGAGUUAUUCAUCAGGUAAAGCAGUUGAAAGUCACACGGAACCAAUACGCUUGGUAGAUGAAUUGAACCGAUCGCGAAGUAAGUAAGCAAGCGGGAAACCCCACACAACUGUGGUUUCCAAAUCCACCACCAAAUUUGGGAAUUGUAAACAGGUACAGGAAUUGUAAUGUAUUUUUUGUAAGCUUCUUUUACUUCCCCACCUACCCACUGCGCUACACGUCCACUACUUUUGCAGUACCCUAUUUUUAUACCGAUACAAAAGACAUUGAAAGAUUUAUCGUAAAAAAAGGAAGCAACGUCAUUGACCAAAGCGGACGGCUCGGGUCACUCAAUACACACCAACAAGUGUUGCAGUAAGCGACUCGCACGCGCACUCACACAUACAUAAAGCAAUCGUACGUACGCUUCUUGCGGGACAGACAGGUUUUAGUACAAGUUUUGAUACAUUACUAUUUUUUUCUAAUUUGCUACAAACGUUAACAUUUGUAAGCACUUGUUGAUAUAGGGACCGAGGGACGAUACGGAAGCAAAAGCAAAAGAAAAUACUAGGACAAUACGAAAACGGUUUGGAACUACGAGCAGCACCCCUAGAGCGGGGUAAGCCGACGAACCCCAAAACCAAAACGAACAAACCAAAAAAACCGAUAACCUGAAUUGAACAAUCGUGCCGGUUGUGGUAGUUGUUUAUUUAGUUAGAUAUUUGCGAAUGUAACGAAACCAAAGGCAUCGGAUGUAUGUUUAGUGUAUGAUAAACCCCAAUAAAGGCUUUUUUCGUUCGAGACGAUUCGCACAAACGAUUCCUGCACGUGACUUUGAAGGCCCAUCUUUCGAGGCAGUUAAGUCUUAAGUGAAGACGUGCAGACGCGCAGCCCCCAAAAAUCCCUUCCCCAGAGAAAGUCGAUCCGGAUCGGAUGCGGCUUACCGUACGCCAGAUUGCGCCUAGCUAGCAGUAAUAUUUUAUUGGGAAAUUGUAUUUUUUUGUAAGUUAACUGAAUGUGGUUUACAACAAAGCAGCAAACUUCCCGGAACAGCGGGGCAGCAGAUAGGUUGAAAGCCUUUGCAAGGCGAAUGGGGUAAUUUAGGAUGUGACUAAUACAAAUAAUUAUACUUAGCAAUGAGAGCGCAAGAGAACGAUUGUAAGCUACAGCGGGACACACACACGCCAACACACGAGUGAAGCAACUCUACCGACACACGAUUAGGCACCGUUUCGAAUGCACUUGGAUGCACCACCGUUGACAUUCGUAGCAGCACACUGUGUACACGACCACAACGGCCCAGGUUGUAGCGAGAAUGGUUUUUGGAGAAGGAAAAAAACGGCAGCAAUAUUGACACACAGUGAAGCAAAGUCGAUCGGCACGGGGUUAGGUUUCUUUGCCAGUAAUUUUACGAGUUAGUCCAGCAGAAACAGCAGAAACCAAAACACACACGAAUAAUAUAAACAUAUAAGAUAACCGAAUGAUAGAAUAUACCCGAUGUUUGUUGUUAGUAAGGCGCAAGUAGGAGGAAGUAUCACAAGCGCAUGCCCCCAUUUUGGACGCACUUUCAAUCAAAGCCAUAUUUUCUAAAAAAAAACAAGCAAGACAGUGUGUCAGCAGAGGAACACAUCGCGUAAAGUGUGCCGAGCCAACAAGCGAAAAUUGAUGUUUGACCGAUGCAACAACAUAUAGGCACACACGCAGAUAUAUGUAUGGUAUAUACGGUAGAUGAAAUUAUUGUAUUGUAGUAAUGUUACCUUUUGCAAGCGAUCCGUAACACCCGUAACAGUGCAUACGCCCCAAACGCGUUGCAUGUCACUAUUAGCAGCAUGUUGGUAUCGCUCGGUAACGGUUUGUCAUAUUUUUGGUAAUUGUUUUACACGAACAGCAACCGGUGUUGGUUGAAACGGUUAGGUUAGGUGUGUACAAGAGGCAGCGGUUUUAUCCGGUUUUUAUCCGGAUUAUAAAGCGGAUUUGAGAUAGACAAAGUUAUUUAGUUUACUUUUGCUCUAUUCCCUUUCUGCCACUGCUUUUCUCCUCCGUUCCGUCGGCCAAACGUGUCGCCUGGCGGUGGCGGCAAUGAAAGCUCCACACCUACCGUGGCCUGCAGGGUCCACCUAAACUACGCUAUGCAAAACCAUGUGUGUAUGUAUGUAUGUGUAUGUAUGUGUGUGUGUAGAAUGUAUCCUUGAGCAAACCCGCACUAAUCACCUGAAUGGUAGCUGAAUGUUGCUGUAGCGUUCGAAAAAAUCGAUGGGAAAACUAUUAAACGUAUACUUAACCACUGUACUGCUGCAUGCAAACUAGCGGGCUUAACCGUACACCGUCUGCACCUGGGGGGGCGAACGUCGCAGGUGAAGAACGAACACCCGCGUGCGACAGAGUGUUCGUGUUGGUUUUCUAUCAUUUACUCCUAGCCGGGAGGUGACUGUGCUUUGACUGUUAGUGUCUCUGACUGUCUGUCUGUCUGUUUAGGACGCGCGGUACUAAUCACUUGCCGACAGUGUAGAGGUGUGCAAUUUAUCAUACUCUAAAACUCCCCCCAUUCGUAGUAGAGCAAUCGUCGUGCGCCUCCACUUCUAUCGUCGUUUACUAUUACAUUCGCUCCACUCACUGAAAAGAACGAAGAAGCAAGGAAAAAACGAAUCAUAAGCAAAAAGGAGGGGUUCGUCGCUGACGCUUACCGCGAAGAAUAAGAAACAAACAACAUACACAUCAUGCAAAAACCAAAAAACCACACAUACUUGUAACAAAACCCACUCGAUAGCCGAUACAGUAGCGAGAAUUGUCGUUCAAAACUAAGUUUAAAUAGCUAGACAAGGAGGUGAGCAAGAUUUUUUCUUACUCCCUUGUAAUAAAUACACCCACACACAACAUACACGCUGAAACAAACACACAAAAUCACACAAACACACACACACACACAAGUGAAAAACUUAAUCUUAAAUCCAGCACCUAGUGCGCACCCAAAAAAUAAGCAUUUUUUGAUAACUGUCUACAGAGGUUAAGGGAUAGGAGGCGAAAGUGUCCCUGCAAGCGUGCGCCCAGAGGUUUAUGUUGCGCGCAAAAAGGAUACUGUAAAGUGUAAGGCGUUUCAGUGUUACGGUGUAGUGUAGUAGCAGCUCGUUUGUAAGUGUGUCUGUGCGCGGAGAGGAGAGCUAAUUCAAUCGCCAAAAAAGCAGCAACAAACAGCAGAAAGUAACACAUAGACACACAGUAAACCGAUACCGUCUUACUUUGCAUGCGUGUAGAUAAAUGUCGGGAGGGGGAAGUGCCCGUAGCGAUAUAGGCCCGUGUGAAUUGAUCAAGCAGUAGCCAGAUACAGAACAAGAAAAAAGAAAGCAAGAGAGAGAGCGAGAGAGAAAGAGAGAGAGAGCGUGCAGCUUCCGUUGUUGUUGUAAGCGUAUAGGUGAUUUACUCCUCACAACUGUGUGCUAUAUAGAGCUAUAUUCGUCUACUAAUCAUCCCAUCGGUCAGUCGUUCCGUCAAAACCCUCCCACCAACCCUUCACCUUCCCAUCCAAAAGCCAACCAAUCAAACCACUUGUCAGCGGUUAAAACGAACGGGGAGAAAGCAAAACGCCCCGCGAAAGCUAUCCUGUUACCAGUCCCCAACUCGUCGCCAGAGGCCAGAGGCUGACGCGAAGCUCCUGUAGGGGGUGGAAAUUCGGGCACUAUACUUCACACGUACCCGCACCCCAAUCUUCCGGCCAGCUGCCACCCCCACACACCCACAACAAUCUUCAUCGCCACCCGAAAGCAUCGUCGUCGUCGUCGUCGUUAUAUAUUAUUGCUGUUAUCAUAUUGUUGUUAUUAUCACUGUUGUUGUUAUUGUUGUGGAUGCGACACUGCGCCAUCGUUAUCGUCGUCGUUGUCGGUGGUGGUGAGGUUGUUGUUAGCAGCAACACCAGCAGCAGCAGCAGUAGAAGCAGUAGCCACCUCUCUAGCCGCGUUUGUAGCAACCGUUAGUCACCCGUGCCGGUGUAAGAACGCAAGCGCAAGAUGUAUGCAGCAGCAGGUGGCGCCUCGCUGGCGUCACGCCAGGCUCGCAAGAAGCAGGCCCAGCAGAACACGAAAAACAAGGCCACCAACCAGCAGAUACUGCGGGAGAAGCUGGCCGCGAAGGCGGCCACCACGCCGACCAAAAGCAAACACUUCCACCAGCUGCCGGCGUCGUAUCUGCGCGCACCGCACCAGCACCACCGGAAGCUGAGCGCCGGCUACACGAGCAUACCGGGGGCGGAGCAGCAGCCACCGGCGGCGGCACCGCCGAUGCACCACCGGUUCGCCGACCAUCCGUGCGCUUCCUACACCGGGCCGGCCGCCGUUACGCCCAGCGCUGCCCAUCACGCACACGGUCCGGGACACCUGGGACACGCGCACCACCACCACCACCACCAUCACCAUGCGGGCGGUGCUGCCGGUAUGCCCGCCCAUCCCUGCCAUCUGCACGGUGCGGCCGGUGGACCGUCGGGCCAUCCGCCCGCCUCCGGUGCAUCCUUUCCGCCGAUGCCGAAACCGACCGGGUUCCGCGAGUACGACCGGCUGGUGCGGCGCCAGCAGCUCACCAAGUCAGCCACCGCCACCCUGCCGCUCGUUUCCCAGGCGCAGGAGACGCCACCGCAAACGCCCGAGCAAACGCUCGGCGGGUUCGGCGAGCCGGCCCACCCGCACCAUCAUCCCCAGCAGCUGCUUCUUUUGGAGCAGCAGCAUCACCAGCACCAUCAUCAUUCCCAACAGCACCUCGAUAAGCUGGGCCACGACGACCAGGACGAGGAGGAACAGGAACAGGAGGAGGAAGGGGAGGAGGAGGCCGGAGAUGCCGACGCGCUCACGCAGCCGCUGACGCUGCAGAUACCGAACGAUCCGAUCAUCAUUACGCCGGCCACACCGCAGGCCACACCGCCGGGCCGGCUCGGGCUGAAGCCGCUCGUGCUGACGGACGACGAGGAGGUCCGGCCGCUGGCCAGCCCGGCGCCCGGGGCGCUCGAGCGCAAGUGCAGCGUGUACCGGGCCCGCAAGUACGACGACCCGUUCGAGGAGCGGCACUACAACGCGACGACAAUGAGCAGCGCGCAGCACCACCAGUACCAGCCGGACGAUGUGUUCUUCCCGCCGGCGGGCGGCAGCAUGCCGAACGGGGGCGGCCACUCGACCACGACGACCACGCCCGGCCACCAGCAGGGGCAGCUGGCGAAAUGGGACUCGGAGUACUACUGCUGCGAGUGUGACCACCGCCAGUACGGUGUGUGUACCUGUGAUCAGUUCGAGUGUGCCCAAGGUCGUGCAGCAUGGUUAGAAAGAGGAAGACGUUGCAGCGUACAGGAAACACCCGCCUCCUGCCAUCGACGAUGGGUCAAACGGAAUCGAAUACAAGACUCAUCGUUAGGUGGCUCCUCGGACGAUGAAGACCUACUCGGCGUACUCAGAGGACCCAGUUCAUUCGCCAAUGCCUUCCUAUACGUAGGUUUAGGUACCAUAGCAAUCGGUUUAGUGAUAGCAUUCGUCGGUACUGGCGAGAAAGGAUUCAAAACGGUUGAACUAAGACUAAUCGGGCCAUCGUUAAUUGGUCUCGGCUUAUUAUGUUGUACAUUACGUAUCCUGUUUUGUAUAUGCCCAUCCCAUUGUAUAUCAUCUAGUCGUAGAGCGCGAGAUAAGAAAAACGCCAAGAUAGACGCAGAUCAUAGAACUUCCCUGUUACGAGGCGACAGUAAACGAGUAUCGAUAGCACGCGGACCUCACAUACCGACUAAACAGCCUCAGAUAUAUCCUAAAUCUAUCGUCAAAACCAAAACCUACGAAGGUGUGGAGGCACUGCGGCAGAUCGCAACCACGUCGCUCUUUCUGCAGAAUGAGCAAAAGGUGUCAUCGAACCGAAUCGUUCCUAUUAUCAAAGAACCGGAGAAGCUAGAAGAACCACCUUUAGAGCUGAAGAAGCUAGAAUCGCGCAAGGACGAGGCUGCGAUCGUGAGCAUAUCGGAUGGGGAGGACGAUUCGCAUCGAAAGCAGGCGGCCGCCCAGCACCAUGCGUCCGACACGCAGGUGAUAGAUCUGACCGGCGAAGACCAAGACGACGAGCAGUCCCACUCGCCGAGCAGUGGCACGAGCCACCAGCGCAAGGACAGCAAACUGCGUCGCCAGCGCACCUCCGUGCAUCAGCAGAAGCCGGCCCGAGAGCUGCAGAGCUCGGCGUACGGCGGGGCAGCCGGCCACAACACGGCGCCCAGCGAACCGUCGAGCCUGCUGAUGGAAACGUCUCUUAUGAUCAUCGGUCCAACGCCGCUGAGCUCCCCGACGAAGGCGGCGAACGCAACCCCACCGACCCGGACGCCCGGCGGUACGCUCACCGUUCCUACCCUGUCCGCGAACGGGUCCGCCGUGCACGGUGCGGGGCAGUCGGGCAACAAAACCGCCACGAGCAGCACCACGCCCUGCAAUCUGCUAACGCUUCCAGCCGCCGCCGCAGCCGCCACCGCCAGCUCAACGGCCGGCAGUGCCGGCGGGCCGACGGUCAGUUUCGCCGGCAGCACGCUACUGCCGGGUCAGCUUUCGCCACUGCCAUCGACGUCGUACCUGCCGUCGUCGUCGGUAGCCGGCGGUUACCGAUCGUCAUCCACUUCCUCGCCGCUGCCCGGCUUCAUGCCGUCGUCCGUUUCGCCCCACUACCACAGCAACAGCAGCAGCAGCAGCAGCAACUACAUCUACUCGCCACCGCCUUUCACGCAGCACGCGGAGCCGACCGCGCACGGAACCAAUACGAUCACGACGGCGGCUUCCACCACGCUGCUGCACGCGCCAUCGGUCAGCUCCAACAAAACCGAACCGGAGCUAGUGUUAAGUCCAGCGAAGUUAGGACAGUAGAGCACGAUGCAGAGGUGAAGAAGGAAAACCCCCGCCACCCCCAUUCACGCCCCGUGUCUCGCUGCUAGCGUAUGUAGUAGAACCACUCAUUUCCCCCCUUUUUCCUUGCCUGCUAUAUAGACUUAUAUACAACAAACACCCCAGUAGAGAGGAAGAGAAUCGAAAGCCUGCGCGUGAGUAUGGCGGAGCACAGGUUUGAUUACAGGAAGAAGAAACAAUGAUACCGAUAAGAGCACACGAUAGACGAUGCUAUCGGCAAACAUCAAAGGCUACCGCCACCCGCUAAGAAGAAAAUCCAACAAAAAACCCUCUCGAUCGCGCAGACAUGAGGCGGCCGCGGCGACAGGAGCAAACCACAAACCGCAGGCAAAAUAGCUACUUUUCCUUGCAUUGAGAGCAGAGCAGAGGCUGCUCGGUGAUGUGUCUAUUGAUUUAUCGCUUUGAUAGCUUUUGAAGUAUUCUUCAUACCGUCAUGGCUUGUUGCUAUGGAAAUCAUAAUAAUUAAAGUAUUUAAACAACAACAGAAAAAAAAGAAACAUGUCUAGUGUCUAGCUCUACAUAUCGCCAUCGGAUUGUGUAAAAAAAAAAACAAACAAACAAACCAAACAACAAUGUAUUGAACAAGUAUAUAUAUUUUUAACGUGUAUAAAUUGAGCAACUUCUCAUGGCAGCCUUCUGAAUAAACAAAAUACACACACACACACACACACACACACAAACAUAUACACACACUCACAAAGUCGGAGUUACUUUAGCGUGGAACAAGAGGGCAUCCUGCAGAUUGUGUGCCAGCGUAACGCUACUUAUCAGAUUGGUGUAAAAAUUGGGGAGAAACCACAAUCACACACAGACACUCCUACCGAACACCAAGCCCAAGGUUAAUUGGAGAGCACAAAAACUGCAUAUACACACAUAAACACAAGCUUGCCAUCGAGAGAUUGAAUUGAUUAAAAAACCAAACAGUAACGAGGUACUUCCAGGAGCUAAUUUUGAGCGAGCCAAUUUACUUGGUUCUGGUUCGAUGAUGUGGUGCUUCUAGUGGGCUAGCUAGGCAGGCAACCCCACCUGCAGACUAGCAUUUCAGUUGCCAACAUGAUCUGGUAUUAAAGAAUUAUUUUACAUUCUUUCAAACGCUCAAAUGCCUUUCUUACUAUCAACCCGUUCUGUCUCCCCUAAACCGAACGAAACCAUCCCGCGCAAACCCUCGUAACCACUUCCACAUUUGUUACGUGUCUAAUUAGCGUGUAAUCAACCAGAACUACAAACAUAAAUUAAAAAAAAAAAACCCCAAAGAAUGUCAUGUCUCAACAUAAAAUCAAAGACACAAACACUGUAGAGUGCCACGUGCCACGAGGCAGUAGAAGUUCAAACUAACGAACCUUUCUUAAACCCCGCUCUGCGCAAGCGCACGUCCCCGGUGCCCUCCUUCCACAGCCUUGUACAUUAUGUUCACACAGAUGAUUCUAUAAACGAGUACCCGUUACGUUCUGAUGCACAAUAGGAGUUGAUUAUAAAUUUGUUGACGCUACUUGAAAGGAUUUUAUGACAGCGAUUUUUGGCCCUAGGCAACACAAAAAUCAAAACGAUAAUAAACCUAUUGCAUUGUUAACUAAGUUUAGAACUUUUAUUCAAAUCAUACAAAUCAAGGGAUGCAGUUAGAGGGAGAACCUAAGAAAAGGAAAAAAAAAACAAACGCUACUACCAAAUCUAUCGGUAGCAAAUAAUGCCGGACAAGUUGCAAAUAGUCGCGAGAUACACACUCAACACUAUAGGAUGAGGAGGAGAGCUAUGAAGAAAA